CAAAACACAAGUCGCACUCAACGAAGAAGCAUGAGUCUCUCUUACAGUCUGAGCAUCAUUCUAAGCCUGGCACUCGCAGUUUACUGUGGGCCUGUGUCACAAGUCAAUGUGAAAGAUGAAGAUUUUGCAGAGAGCUACCUGAAGAAAUUCUUCAACCUAACAGAGGAGACCGGUCCUACUAUCCGGCGGGGGGUCAGCCCAGUGAGCAGGAAGCUGAUUGAGAUGCAGAGAUUCUUUGGUCUCCAGAUCACUGGGACGCUGGAUGCUGACACCGUGGCGAUGAUGAAGAAGCCUCGCUGUGGUGUUCCCGACGGAAAUCUUGCCCGUUUCUCCACGUUUGGACAGUACAAGUGGCAGAAAAACAGCCUUACCUACAGGAUAGUGAACUACACUCCGGGCAUGUCUGUGUCUGAGGUAGAUGAUUCUAUAGAAAGAGCUCUGCAGGUUUGGGCCAAAGUCACUCCUCUGAGGUUCACUAGAAUCAACAGCGGCACCGCUGACAUCAUGAUCUCCUUUGGCCGCCAAUCACAUGGUGAUUAUUACCCCUUUGAUGGCCCUGGUGGUACUCUUGCCCAUGCAUUCGCCCCAUCCCCUGGCAUUGGUGGAGAUGCUCAUUUUGACGAAGAUGAGAACUUCACUUACCGUUCAAACAGAGGCUACAUCCUCUUCAUGGUGGCUACCCAUGAGUUUGGCCACUCCCUGGGCUUGUCUCACUCUGAUGAUGCUGGUGCUCUCAUGUACCCUGUGUACACAUACAGAAAUCCUGACACCUUCAUCCUGCCCCGGGACGACGUCAACGGCAUCCAGUCUCUCUAUGGUCCAAACACUGGUAAAGAUCCCUCUGUAGAGGAACCACAGCCCCCCACCACUCCUGAUGCCUGUGAUUCAACCAUGGUCUUGGAUGCUGUCACCACCCUGCGAGGAGAGAUGUUCUUCUUCAAGGACAGCUUCUUCUGGCGGAUCUACCCUCAGAGCAGAACACCUCAGCAGAGUCUCAUCACAAACUUCUGGCCCGAUGCCCCCUCCAACAUCGACGCUGCUUAUGAAAGCCGAAACUCAGACAAAGUCUAUCUCUUUAAAGGCCGUAAAGUGUGGGCCUUCAGAGGUUAUGAUCUUGUACGUGGAUAUCCUAAAAGGCUCACCAGGUUUGGUUUCCCAAGAGGUGUGAGGAAAAUCGAUGCUGCCCUUUAUGAUGCAGAAUCCGGCAAGACUCUGUUCUUUGUAGGCAGCAAAUACUUCAGUUAUGAUGAGGGCAGACAGACCAUGGAACGGGGAUCUCCCAAGAUAGUCGAUCAGACCUUCUCUGGCCUGAACGGCAGGGUGACUGCAGCCGUCCAGCACCGAGGUUUUACUUACAUCUACACUGGACCCUACAUAUUUGAGUACAGGUCCAGGACGUUGAACCGUGUGCUGAGGAACAGCUUCUUCCUGCCCUGCAGUAACUUCUAGUCCUCUUCAUCAAGUUCUAUAGCCACUGAAUGAGAAUGAACAGUGUUAAAAAGCACAUUUAAUUUGUUCUAUUAGUAAGAAAUAUAUUUUUCUAAACUGAAUUUUACCAAAUCUAUAUCUGUAAACAUGAAGUAUUUAAAAAUAUAUAUAUUUGUAUAUAGAUUGUUUACAUGUCUGUUAUACUUGGCAGUAUUUAUGUGGUGUAUGAAACUCUUCCGCCAGGAAAACAGAUAUUCAGUUUUAUCUGAGGGGCUUCUGUUUCUUCAAGACUUCUACUGUUCUUUAUUUAUAUAAUCUAAAGAUAUUGUAGUAUUAUAAUUAAUGUAAUUGGUCAAAAGCAUAUGAGUAACCAAGGUCUUGUAUAAUUGCUGCUAAUGAAUACAACUAAUAAAACAUCUACAAAAAGAA